UAAGAAUUUGAAGAUGUCCGCAUUUAACCUAGUCCUCCAUCUUAUAAGGCCCCUCUGAUUCAUGCCCCAUACGAAUUUGGAAAUUCUAACAUCUUCCAGCUGGGCUCAUCGAUUCCCCAAAUUCCAUUACUAACUUCACAGCUUUCCUAGAAAUUGAGAUUCCAGAAUUCGAAUUCCCUAAAAAAUUUGCAUAAAAAAGUCGUAUAAUUCAUCCCUAUAAUCCUUCAAUUUUAUUUUCUCUAGGGUUUGAUACGCUCGCCCAUGGGUGAACGGAAAAUAGAGGACUUACCUCUUCCGUCUCUGUUUGAGCAAGCUCGGAAGAUCCAUUUAACCGCUACGGAGUCCACCGCUGAUCAGGAGAUGGUGAAGAAGGGAUGUGUGGCACUGGAGAGGUGCGAGGAAAUGAUAAAUAAACUUGGGUUGUUCUCAGCGAAUGAAACCAAGGAUGAUAUCAGCACUACCAAUCUUAAAUAUAUUUUGGUUCCAUAUUAUCUUGCUGAGCUAACUGAAAAAAUAUCACAAGAUGAUAGAAUGCAAAUUCUUAAGGCUUCCCAGGCAAAGUUAAAGGAAUUCCUUUCUUUUUGUGAGACAAUGGAAUUUGUACCAGAGGAGGAAUUGCGUGCAUCUGUUCAAGGAGGUCCUAAUUCUUUUGCAGAAAGAAGGGCCCUAAAGAUUGCACGGUUCAAUCGCCAAAGGGCUGCUCAAGCAAAGCUGCUGGAAAUAAAGGAGCGGAAAGAGCGGCGUGGCCGUUCAACUAGAGCAACUGCCCUUUCAACUCCAGUUGAGGCCGGAGAAGAAGAUUUAUUGGAUGAUGAUGGAGAAGAAGAGCGGGAGGCGUGGCUUACCGCCAUCUCUUUGUCCAUCUGUAAGGCAUUAGAUCUGCUUGAAAUGUUAAAGAAAGAGGAAGAAAUGCUUUCUGCUGUGAAGGAAAGACAACUUAAGGAAGGGGACAAGGAAUUUUCCCAAGCUAUUCUUGAUGAGCGAACAAAAAAGGCAGAAGCUUGGCAUCGUGGUGCUGCUACUCGAGCUCAAUAUACCAAGCCAGCGCCACCCAUCACUUGUGCUACUUUUGCUCAAGAUGUUUUAGAAGGGAGAGCUGAUGUUUCACAGGUACAUGAUCACAAGCACCAGCCACUGAUAUUUGGACCAGCAAGUCUUAUAGGUGGAAAUUUAACAAGUGAGAGAGAGAGGAUGGCAGCACAAGUCUUCCAACCUAGCCACAGGGUGCCAACCAUGAGUAUAGAAGAAGCUGGGUUAAGGGAGAUGGAGAUUAUGAAUAAAUGGCAAGAGAGAAAUGCUAAAAUCAUGGCAGAAGCAAACUCUUCAUGGUACAAAGACUAUCGGAAGGUACAAACAGGGGAAGAUGAUGAAGAAGAAGAUGAUGCUGUGGUACAGAAGGAAAGGGCAUGGGAUGACUGGAAAGAUGAUAAUCCUCGGGGUGCUGGUAAUAAGAAGCUCACACCUUGUGGUUAAUGGUUGAAUAUGUUUUCUGUUUUUGUGAUGUAGCAUAUCAAACAUAAUUAAAACUGAUUUUUUAUAUUGAUGAAAUUCUUGCUUCUGAUUGGUUCUACAAAUUUUUGGUUGAAUCUGUGUAUUCCAGUGAAACAUUGAUCUCUGAACAGUUGAUACUGUGAAUUGUUUUUUAGGAGAGUUGUUUCUGUUCUUGAGUUCUCA